AUGGCUUUCAAAUCCGAAGGACCCCUGGUAGUUGGUGUUGAUGUAGGCGGCACUAAUACCGACUCGGUCCUGCUCGAUCUUUCCAGAGCAGGCACCUCUGCUGUCCUUUCAUCUCACAAGUCUCCCACGACGACGGACGUUACGGAGGGUGUCGAAGCUACACUCACGACGCUACUCUCCAAGUCCAUCGCCUCCGGGGAAGACGCUGGAUCGCCCCCUGACCCGGCCUCGAUUUCCGCUCUGGCAAUUGGUACCACGCACUUCCUGAACGCCAUUAUCCAGCGCGACGCUUCUCUCCUCUCCAAGGUCGCUGUCAUUCGCCUCGGUUCCCACGGUUUCGUCAAGGGUGCCCUGCCCUUUGCCGACUGGCCCAGAUCUCUUCGAGGCAUUAUUGAGGGCUACUCUGCCAUCGUUCCAGGCGGCGUGAACAUCGAUGGAAGGCUCAUUGCUCCUCUCAACGAGAAGGAUCUUCGCCUCGAAGCUCGCAAAAUCCAUGAGCUCAAGUUGCAGAAUGUUGUUGUUGUCGGUAUGGGGUCCCCAAUGGAUACAACCUACCAUCAAGAGUCUGAAGCCGGCACUAUUAUCAUGUCAGAACUCGAGAAGUUGGAUACGGACUAUGCAAAGUCCACAAAUAUUGUCCUCUCCCAUAGUGUCGCCGGUUCGGGGCUGUUGGCUCGCGAGAACGCCUCUGUUCUGAACGCGGCGAUUCUGACGUUUGCGCGCCGUACGGUGUACUCUUUCAUGCGUGCCAUGAGAAAGGUGGGACUGCAGUGUCCGCUUUACCUAACAUCGAAUGCUGGUCACCUGCUGCCAUUCAGCGAAGCCGUCAGCUUUCCCAUUCGCAUUUUCUCCUCCGGCGCUACCAACUCCAUGCGGGGAGCGGCAUUUCUCGCACGGGAAGAGCUUGCUACCAUAUCAGGCGACAAGGGCUGCGUUGUUGUUGAUGUUGGGGGGACCACCACCGAUGUAGGUGCACUGUUGCCCAACGGGUACCCGCGACUGAGCAAAACGUAUACCGAACUAGCCGGCGUCAAGAUCAACCUUGAUAUGCCCUCAGUCGAGAGCAUCGGCCUAGGUGGUGGUUCUAUCAUUCGAGAGGUUCGAACCGCGACUUCAUCGGUAACAGUCACCGUUGGUCCCGACAGCGUUGGUCACGCCCUCACGUCAGAAGCUAUGUGUUUCGGAGGCUCGAUCCCAACAGCUACUGAUAUUGCCAUCGCUUCAUCGCCAAAUGAGCUGCUUAUAGGUGAUCCAGCCCUCGUCAAACUCGACUCCACUGUCGUUGCAUGCGCUGCCGAUCGCAUCAAGAAUAUCCUUGAAGCCCUCACAGACCGGAUCAAGCUCUCACCUGAAGACUGUACAGUUGUCCUAGUUGGGGGUGGAGCCAUUUUGUGCCCUCCAACCCUCAAGGGAGUUAACCACAUCAUACGUUCCGAGCAUGCUGGGGUCGCCAACGCCAUAGGUGCCGCCUUGGCUAAGAUUUAUGGGACUGCAGAGGCCAUGGUAGAUGCUGAUGACCUCACCGCAGGCAUCGCCCGUGUAAUGGAUACGGCAGUCGCUAAUGCUACAGCCAAGGGUGGUGUCUCUCGCGAGGUCACUGUCCUCAAUGAAGAGAUGGAAUGGGUGCCGUACGUCGACAACAAGAAGCUCGUGCGGAUCGAAGUUGCCUGUUCGGCAGAUCACGCCCGAGUCUAUGCUGAAAUGGUGCAGUCACCUAUCAAGGAUGACGUUCCUCUCGAUUCUAUGGACGACGGACCCUCGCCCAAGGGCAAAAAGGCGUCCACCACCGACGACACCUAUGAAGGUCUAGACUUGGCCACGUAUCGACCGAAGAUCACUCCCCAAGGCGAGUGGAUUGUGUCGCCUAUAGAUCUCAAGUUCAUCGAAAUUGGCUGCUAUAUUCUUGGCUGUGGCGGCGGCGGAUCCCCGUAUGCAUCAUAUUUACAUCUUAUGGAACUGCUCCGUGAGGGCGAACGCAUUAUCAUCACUCGUAUUGAAGAUUUGCCGGAUGAUGCUGUUUUGCCUCCAGUGGCGGCUAUUGGUACUCCAGCUGUGGGCCAGGAGCGCAUCGCGUCUGACGCCGUCUUCCAUGCUCUCCAGAGAUUGAGCAAGGAGCAAGGUAACGUCGAAUUUACGCAUCUGCUAGCUACUGAGAUUGGAGGUAUGAAUGGCCUGGGCACCUUACUAUGGGGCUCAAAGAGGUACUGCGGCGUGCCGAUUGUUGAUGGAGAUCUCAUGGGUAAGGCCCCUCUCCUACACAGAAUGCACUGUAUUGACGACGAUGGCGUAGGUCGCGCAAAUCCUAACUUUGAGAUGGUCUCCCAAUACGUUAAUUCGGAGUCUGUCAAUGAGCUGCUACCUGUGGCAAUUUGCAGCGGCGACGGCCAAGACGCAAUUGUGCCGGCCGGGCAAGCAGAUGAGACGGCCGCGGGUAAAGAGAUCCGCAAGGUAUGCGCUAACUUUGGUUUCGCUGCCGGGGCCGCGGGCACGCCACUGUCUGGGGCCAGAAUGCGCCGCGACGGCAUACCGAAUACUUUCUCCCUUGCGUGGCGCCUUGGAAGGGUCGUACGACGCGCGCAGGUCGAAUCCCGGAUGGGCACUAUCACAGACGCGCUUGUUGCGGAGGCUGGCGGCGCGCGGUCCGCGAGGCGCGUGUUUACGGGUAAAAUCCGUGGCGUCGAGACGAGAAUUACAGAGACCGGCCACUCGCUUGGUGAAGUCGUGAUCGAAAGUCUCGGCGAGGACGAAGUCGAGAGUGAGGCUGAACGGGCUCGGGAAGGCGAGGGAUGGAAGGAGGUGCGGGUGCCAUUCAUGAACGAGAACCUGGCUGUAUUAGCCAAGGGAACCGAUGGUGCGGAGACGAUGCUAGCCACAGUGCCCGAUCUGAUCAUGGUGCUUGAUGUCUCAACUGGUGAAGCGAUUGGGGUACAAGAGUAUAGGUACGGGGUUAAGGUCGUGGUCAUGCUCAUGGCACCACACCCUAUCUGGGCAUCGAAGAGGGGACUCGAGGUGGCGGGACCAAAGGCAUUCAACCUGCCGUAUGAGUACACUUCAGAUUUGGAGUACGCAAAGCCAGCGAGCGUCAUCGACGAAUUUCGACACAAGUGA